GUCGCGAUUCAAAUGAGCGAGUCAGAGUGUCAAUUAGUGAUGGGAGGUCCGGCUCUUUUCAAAGAGUCGGCUCUUUUGACUCGGCUCCCUUAGAAGAGCCGGUUCUUACGACUGUACCAAAUGUAAUCUAUUCAUUUAGUUGUUUUUAUGCAUUUUCUUUCUCGUUACAAAAUACACACAGGUUUGUUGCUGACCCUCAUUUUUUAUUUUACAAAUUCUGCAGUCUCUAGAUGCUGCUUCUUUCUUGCAUUUAACUCUCUCUCUCUCUCUCUCUCUCUCUCUCUCUCUGUCUCUGUCGCGUCUUCCUCCCCCUUCCUUCUUUCACAUAAUGGUAUGAGCCUAGCCUGUCCUCGCAUGUGAUUGGGCGCACAUUGUGCCCAUCAAAAUAAAGUCCCGCCCCUGCCUGCAUGGAUUCAUCCAUAGAGCUGAGCAGGAGCGGCUGAAGAAGAUUCGGCUCUUCCCGUCGCGAUUCGGCUUUUCUCGUUCGCUACAAAGAAUCGGCUCUUAGAGCCGACUCCUUCGCGAACGACACAUCACUAAUGUAAAAGUAAAUGUCAAGUGUAAGAGCUAGGUUAACCUAAUCCAGCAUGGAAAGUUUCUAUUAUCGAUUAUACCUCAGCGAUUGGGAACCAACUGGGAAUUACGAUUAGUCAGAAAGCCGUGAAUAAAUAUUAAAAAUGUAAUCAGCGGUAAAUUAUAAUGCCACGGAUUUUACUAUAACAACAUGAAUUGUAUUAUUCUUUACUUCUGUAAUUUGUUAUAUUAUGAGCGUGACAAGGGGUUAAGAUCAUUUAAAUAAAAAUGUAUAAAAUAUCUAUAUCUUUUUCCGAGGCUGGUUGUUUAUUUUUUUAUGCAGCGCCCUCUGCUGGCUGCUUCAACACAGAACCCGUAUUAAGCGAACCCGGCGUCCAGGUUGCGGAAGUGACGUUUGCGUAGUUACCGUCGCUAGGGAAACCCACUCAGUAUCCGCUACUUAGCAAUCUGUCACUGUGUCGUUUAGCGGCGUUUUCACUCCGAGUCUCUCUCUCUCACACACACACACACACACAGGGGAACCGGUGGAAAUGGUGUGUUGUUGUGUUUCCUCUCCGAAGCUCAGGGUUCAUUUGCACGAGUUUCAGCUUUAAAGACAGUGACAGAGUGCUCACCUAGGGGGGAAGAAGGAAACGAAGCUAAUGAUGUACAGCCCGAAGGAACUGGAAGGAGAGGUGGAUCACUCGUUCUUCGACAGCGACUGCGAUGUGAGCGGCACCAAGCCAGAAAAACCCGUUCACCAGGAGAAGGAGGAGAGAGAAAUCACUAACCAGAAGCUUCCCAACCAAAAUGAAAGCCGGAGAGAAAAGGAGGAGUGUGGAGUGGAAACUUUGGAGAAAGAGAUGUCCGGACUUGAGGUUCAGAGCGGGUUGAUUGUGAAGGAUGGCUCUGAAUGUAAGGAGGACGUCGAAAUCAGAAAAGAAGAGAGAGAACAUGAGGGAACGGAAAACAGAGAGGGUCCUCCUGAACAGAAGGAUGGCGUUAAAAAAGACGAGGCGGCGUGUGGAAAAGACGACUCCGACAACUCAUCCAGGAAAUCCUCGCCGCUCCCUCGUUCUGACGUGUCCGGAUCAAGUCGUGGCAGCCAAUCGGACGACUCGUCCAGCAUCUGCUCCUCCUCCUCCUCUGAGGCCGAGGAAGACGAUGCCGUUUUUAAAAACGAGGAUGACGGAUACCAGUGCGAUGAACCUGCCAAAAAGUCCACUGGCAAAUUCCGCAACCGGAGCCAUGGCUAUUCAUCAUCAUCCAGCAGUGGAGACAGAAGCCCCACCCCUUUGGCCAAGCCCUCUAGCACUCAGUCCACCUCAUCCCCAGGGCGACAGCCACGACCGGGAUCAGCCAACCGCAAGCAAAGACCGAAAACCUCAGAAGCGGCAGAUUCAGAUGAUACGGUGACAGACGUUACACCUCUUUCCUCCCCGGACGCUAGUCCCCAACCGUCGUUCGACCUAGCUCUGCCCACUUCCACUGACUCAACCUUACCUGCUCCACAUACUGACACCUCUGUUGAUGGACAGCAGCGGGAUGUGAAUACGGAUGGAGAGGAACGAUCUGGCAGGCGGAUUGACAGCGCCUCCAUCAUCAGCGGCAGGAGCAGUGCAAGCCGGCGCCGUAAGAACUACUCCUUCACCAGCGACGAGGUGCGACGCAUCGAUCGAGAGAACCAGCGACUCAUCCGCGAGCUCUCGCGCUCCUCCACUCGUACCUCCUCUCGCUCCACCCACCGAUCCUCUGCACCGCCCCUCCGCCUUUAUCACAGCGCCCUCAACAGGCAGCGUGAGCAACAGCGUAUCCAACGAGAGAACCUGGCCUUUGUAAAGCGUUUGGAGUCAGUAAAGCCGACUCCAGGAAUGACUCGAUUAGAACAGCUAACAGACUACCAGCGCCAAGCCGGAUACCUCGGAAUACCUACACCUCUCAUCAGACCUGCAUCAGGAAGAACCUCCAGAACCUGCACUUCCACCAGUCCUCACAGAACCAGACCUGAAACUGCAAAACCCACCAGAACCACACCUCCCCGUCCGGCCUGGUCCUGAUCCGAACCUCAGCUCUCAUCACAUGCAAAACCGCUCGAAUGCUUCCCGCAAUGCAGCACCUCAGAUCCGGGUUGUGAGAAGCCGAGUUUCUGAUGGACCACUUUAAUGUUGUAAGUAGGACAACAUUAAAGCCUUCAUGACCAGGUGAUUGGCUAGUUAUAGGUUAGUAGAAGUGGUUGGUAGAGAAGGGAACACGAUGAUAAACUUGAUCUUUGCACGUAAACCCGUGUCUUAAACCUGUCACCCAUAAAAUAUUAGAGAAUAUGUAAAAAAGCUGCACCCUGGUAAGCAGCAGUUUGCCACCAUGUUGCCUUUAUCCAAAAUGUUCAUAACUAGUCAAAUGUCCAGGUGUCUGUAGAGGCCAUUCAUUAAAAUGAGCUAUAGAACACAAAAUCUAUGAGGUUUAUUGUCCAACAUGGUGAUCGAUCAUUGAAAAAUAAUAAUGAAUGGUCUCUCUGGACCCCUGGAUAUGACAUAUCACACUCUCUUUACCACUAUAUGACAUUUUGAAUCUUAGAUUUAUUUUAUAAACUUAGGCUUCGAAUAAACUAGCCAAUUGAACCCCUGAAACACGUCAGAGACUUUUCCUAUUCUCAUUGUAUACGCACAUGACAAUCUACAGCAGCCAUUUAUAGAUUUUUUGAUUGGAGAAGGUUUGAGCCUUAUUUUGCUGGAUCUGGUGUUCAUUUUGCAGCUGGACAUUGCACUUGGUAACUUUAGAGAACUUUAAUGGAUCUCUCUUAGGCUUCUCUCAGAGCUUCGUAGUCGAUGCUUAUCCACGUAUGCUUGCUUUCUUUGUGCCUGAAAUAUUAGUAGGCUUAAAUGAUUGAUUAACCUACUGAAGACAAAUGCUUAGCCUUUACUGUUUACUGUAGUUAGAGCAUUUCAUCUUAUGUGUAAGUUUAAAGAUCAGUAGAUUUAAAUUAUAUAUAAGUAUAUAUUAUAUAUUUGAUAUUGUCAAAUCUGUUUGUUGGAAUAAAAGUAUUAAAUUUA